AUGGUGGCCAGUCGUCGUAAUGGCAUCCUUCACUUCACCAUCCUACUCUUGAUGUUCGUUGCUGUUCUUGCGGUGGUAGUCGAUAGUAAUGCUGCAGAGGAUAAAAAAAAUCCACCAAAAAAAUCACAAGACGAUGACGAAAAGAAAUCGGAGGUCAAUGACAAGAACGAUAAUUUAUCACAUGGUUUUGGUGAAGAUAUUGACUGGGUGAAAUGGACAGAGGCGAAAGAAACGGCAAAACGGGAAAAUAAACCAAUUUUUUUACUGAUUCAUAAAAGUUGGUGCGGAGCAUGUCAGGCACUGAAAAGCGCUUUUAAAAUGUCAACGAAACGCGAUGAGUUUUUAAAACUUACAAAACAUUUCAUUAUGGUGAACACUGAAGACGACGAAGAACCUCAAGAAGAGCUUUAUGCACCUGAUGGCCAAUAUAUACCACGAAUAUUCUUCUUAGGUUUUCAUUCAUUCAUCCAUUUCAAUAUUCCAUUACUUCAUUUUUUAUUUUCAGACGAAAAUGCAGUACCGUACAAGCAUAUCAACAAUAAGGCAGCAUAUCCUCGCAAUUCACACUAUUUUCCACAAUUGCCAAACAUUAUUAAAGCCAUGCAAAAGGCCAUUGUUGCAUUUGCCGAUUCGUCAACAACUAAUCGACAAUCCGAUGAAGGACAACAACGACAAGAUGGUACUAAGAGCAGCAGCACCUCAAAGAAGGAUGCUGAAGAAAAUUCGAUCAGCGAUGAUGAAUUUCACGGCUGUCCACAUGCAGCAAAAGCUAGAGCUAUGAAGAAGGCACAAGAAGAGGAGGCAGCUCGUCGUCGAAAUGCAGAAGAUAAGGGUCGCACAGAGACAGAUGAUCAUAGGAAUGUGCAAGAUUCAGAUGAAGACGAGGAAAAUGAAGAUGAAGAAUCGAGCGAUGAUGAGGAGGAGGGAAGCAAAGGAAAGGAAGAAGUAACCGAAAAGGAUGAACAUGAGGAAGAGGAACACGAGGACGAAGAGCAAGAAGAAGAAGAUGAUGAAGGAGAAGGAAGCUUGCAGGAAGGAGAUGAUGCUGAUAAAGAGGAGCAAAAAACGAGAAAAACAGAACUUUGA